AUGGUGCAUUCAAGAGAUAUAAUACUAACCAGCGACUACAAUCCCAUGGUAAUGGAAUUGUGUAUUAUGCGAACAGGUUCAAACAAUGCUGGUGCAAUUAAAAAGAUGUCGCUUGAAGAGUUUUUGGGCGAUGACACUCUAGGGGACUCUGUGUGGAACGAGGACGAAAUUAAUCUUGAUGCAAUAAGUAAUACAACGAAUAUUGACUUUCUUAAGACGAAAUCAGGACCGGAUAAUACGGAGUCUGGCCCUAACGGACAUAGUGGGAACCGUAUGCACAAUGAGAGCGCAUUUGAUUUCCAUCACCGAGGAGGGUUCGGACGUGAAAAUGAUGGCGGAAGUGGCGACUCUUUUGCAAUGCAAGGUCCACCAUACAUUGUAAAGUUUUCCCUGCUACCACCGCGGUUUUCAGAUGCAGACAUUCACGAUUUAUUCCACGAGAAAUUCACAAAAUUUGUGAAAUUCAAAUUGUUCUGGGAGUUGAACAAGAAUCCGUCCAUUGAUGUUGUGAAAUCAGGUUCAAUUUUUGACCAAAAUUUCAGAAAAACCACCAAAGUUGGCUUUGUUGAAUUAUAUACUGGCCGCGAUAUGGAUAAGAUUUUAAAGUACUGGUCAACGCCUUUAUUGAAGAUACAUAAUAUAAAGGUGGAACCAGCGGAAUUCAACGAUUUUAAAGAGUACAGAACAAAAGUGGAACUUUUGACUGAUCCCAACGACGAUGCUGGCAAACCGUAUAUUAUGGCUAGGAAAAAAUCUAAUCCAUUUGGAGCUGCAAAACCUGUAGAUACACAAUCGAAAAUUUUGGCAAUUGAAGAUACCGUGGGUAAAUUGCAUAUCGAAGACACCAGGACGUUAAGAAGGCUCUCUGGAGGCGAAACCACAAAUGGCCCAACUUCCCUCAAAUCAGGUAAGGUACAGAUACUGAAGAAACCCAAGGAAGUGAGCAAAGAAGCUCAACCUUCUCCUCCGCCGUUACGUUACGUUGAUGUUAUGGAAAAACAAUCUGGCGAAGAGCAGAAAAAAAAAACAAGCCCAACGGCAACGACGGCAUUGCCAUCUACGGGAGACAUUGAUGUUAAAUGUUCUGAACAAACGUCGGCCAGUUUGCAGCAUAAUACAUUAAUUUUAGACGAUAAUAUCGAACUACAGAAUGGUGGGAAUGAAACGGGACAAACAUCAAAUUUUUCAGAUUCAGAAGGUGGUUAUUCUUCUGGUCCAUCUCAUCGUACAUAUGGGGAUCAGCGUCCACAAAGAGGUGGCCGCGGUGGUGGAUAUUCAAGAGGAAAUAGUAAUAAAAGAGGCGGAGGCGGCACUGGAGGAGGUAAUCGCGGUGGAAAUGGCCCUCAUCAAUCCAGAUACAACAAUAAAUAUGACUCUGCAAAUGAAAACGAGAAUUACCAACCACGUACAUAUAACAAUCAUAGGGCAAACCAGUCUCACGAUCAGAAUCAAAAUUUCAAUAAACAUAGCCAAGGCCAGAAUCAAAGUCAACAAAAUCAAGGUUUCAACCAGGAGGAAAAACGUUACUCGAUGUUCAAACCCGCAAGUGGGUUCCUAUGGGAAAAUGGCAAGAAUAAUGAUGGGCAAAAUCAUUCAAGAGGUGGAUUUAAUAAUAAUAACAAUCAUCGAGGAAGCCGUCGCGGCGGUUUCAAUAAUCGUGGUCGCCACAAUAAUGGAUUCACUCCAGCUUAA